UUGGAAAGGCAAUAAAGGCAAUGGAGAUAGCCGUUGACUAAUAAUUUAGGAGCCGCUCCCCUUUCUCUCAAACCGUGGCUUCUCCUCAUUCGUUUCUGAACUCGACUUUCAUCACACCGUUUCCUCCAAUAGAGUUUCACAGAGAGAGAGAGAGAGGAAGCAGCUCAAUUGUAAAUUUCACUUGCAAUUUUCAAUUUGUUUCCCUCAUAAUUGAAUACUACCUUCUUCUGAUUUUUCGUUAGUUUCGAAGUCAAUUGUAAAUCAUAUUCAAAUAUUGAACCCCCAAAUCGGAAUAAAUUCCAAAUUGUAUAAAUGGGAAACGCUCUAAGAUUCCUGUGCGCCAAAUGUUGCGAACCUUCGCCGGAAUCCGAUUCCGUCGGCCACCACGGCGUCACUGCCGAGACUGUCGGAGUUUCCGCCCUCGCUCACGAUCUUUACAACUUUGAAAUCACCAACCAGGUUCCCCAAGAACUAGGUAAGCAUGUUGUGUCAUCCAGAAAAGCUCAAUCCAACUGGUACAAGAAGCUAGCUGUAGCUUGGAGGGAGACAAAACCGCCCCCUAAAUCCGCGGAAGAAGCCUCGCGGCUCGUGAUUCAGACGCUCAAGAGGCAUCAGAAGGCGGACGUUGAGGGUCUCUUAGCUUUCUAUGGCCUUCCAUUGCCUCACACUUUGGUGGAACUCACCACUGGGCCUCCUCCCUCCCACUCCCAGCCUCAAGGUCUCAAGUUCGAAUUACAUACUAUACCCGUAGAUCCGAAGGCUGUGGCAGAUGGCGAUACCAUUACGGUAUAUGUAAAUGUUGAAGACUCUAGGGAGUCCGCAAACAUUCCUAGGGAAGUCCAAGUUGCAGCUGUUGAAAGAGUUAACGCUCGCUCUCAGAGGAAUUAUGAUCGCGCGGAUGAAUUCCACAAGCAUAUCAUUGAUGCAGGGUACAGGGUGAUAAAUCUUCAAAACGAGGAGGUUCUCGCCAAGAAAUACAGAAUACGAUUGAGAGGAAUUGAUGCACCGGAGGGUAAAAUGCCUUUUGGACAAGAAGCGAAGGACGAGCUGGUAAAAAUUGUGCAGAACAAGUGUCUAAGAGUCCUUGUGUUUGAUGAAGAUCGUUAUGGUAGGUGCGUAGGAGAUAUAUAUUGCAAUGGCAUCUUCGUUCAGGAGUCGAUGCUUAAGAAGGGGCUAGCAUGGCACUACAAAGCCUAUGAUCGACGUCCGGAGCUGGAUAAGUGGGAGAAAGAGGCUCGCGCAAAACGCGUGGGUUUGUGGUCGUCUUCUAACCCUGAGAUGCCAUGGGAGUGGAGAAAGGACAGACGUCAAGGCAGAUAGAUAGCCCACCAUCUUGGUCCAAGGAUCACAUUGUGAUUAUGUUGUAUUUAAGCAAAUGGUAUUGAAAUUUUUCCUAACUUGUUAAAACUCUGAUAUUUCUUUCCCUUUCUAAGCACAUCUAUUUAAAAAAUCA